AAGAGGCGGAAGCUCCAGGCUCCGUGCUAUUGUUGCUGAUUAUCUCGUUUAUUUUUUUGUGUUUCAGUUGAUCAUCUUCAACAUCUGCCGUCAAAAAUGUCCUCGGUUCAGUUUCUGCGGGGGUUUAUCAGCGAGAAACUCACAGCUGCUGCCGUAGAAAUAUUCACAGAGUUUGAAAAGACCAUCAUUCAGUACGAAGAGGAGCUGGAGCGCAUGCGCAGACUGCUGGACGUGGCCGGGACACCUGAGACAAACCUGCACGAGAAAGACCUCCUGCAGAAACAUGUCUUCAGCGAACAGGGGGCUGACCGGGCCGGGGAGACCAGUCCGGUCCAGGAGGAACCAGAACCCCAGCAGAUUAAGGUGGAGCAGGACAGAACCGAGCCUCCAGGGAUGGAGGAGAGUCCGGAGGAGCCGGGCGCGGACCCAGAGACGGACAGAACCGUCAAAGCAGAGCCGGACCUCUUCCAGAUCCUCCCUCCCAGCCCCGCGGAGGACUGGCUGCAGGUGGACCCGGCCCUGGAGGCGCCGCCGCUGAGGCGUCACCGCGGCAACGCGGCGAGGCCCCCGGAGGCCCCCGGUAACGGCUACACGGCGAGGCCCCCGGAGGCCCCCGGCAGUGGCGGCGACGGCGGGGCGGAGCACGUGUGCGGCGUCUGCGGGAGGCUCUUCCGGAAGGGCGAGAACCUGCAGCUGCACAUGCGGAGCCACACAGGUGAGUUCCCCUUCACCUGCCAGGUGUGUGGGCGGGGCUUCCUGCAGCGCUGCGGCCUCACCAGCCACAUGCGGAUCCACGCCGGCGAGGAGCCCUGCGCCUGCAGCACCUGCGGCAAGGCCUUCAGCUCCCGGGUGGCCCUCUGGGGCCACAUGAGGACCCACGCCGCUCCCAGGGUGCACCAGGGCGACGCCUGGGCGCACGUGCAGCCGGGACAGACGUUCUCCUUUAAGGGCUGGAGGAAAGUUUAAAAAGACCGGCUUGUUUCCAGUCGUCGCUGCUGAGGAGGAACUGAGGAGCUUUGCUACAACUUUAUAUUCUUUAUUUAUGUUAGAAAAGGCCGUUUACUGUAUUUGAGCCGUUUGUGUGUAAACAGAAUUAAUGGUGGUAUGUUUUUUAUAUAGUGUUUUAAUAAAAAACUAAAUAAUGCAACACUUUUAA